ACGCCACGGCGUGGACAAGGCCGAGCACAUAAGGCGGCCGCCGCCGCAGCCGCAGCCGCAGCCGCAGCCGCAGCAAAAGCUUCGCUGCAUCUCACAAUGUUAAGCGCGGCGAACGGCGGCGGCGUCCACCAUGAUCACCGGGGUGAUUACCCCCCCGACCAGCGGUACGGCAACGGCGGCGAGGAGGCCAGACAACAGCAGCCUUCGUGGCAGCCGCCGCGGGACCAGGUGACGCACCACCCGCGGGGGCGGAGGGCGCACCGGUCGGGCCCGCUGGAGUGGACGGCGGCGGUGGUGUUCACGGUGCUCGCCGUGGUGGUGCUCGUCGCGGCGGUGGCCGUGCUGGUGGUGGUGCUGCUGCUGCAGCCGCGGGCGCCGUACCUCGCCAUCCGGUCGGCGCGGCUCGACGACCUCGUCUACGACCAGCAAGGGGCGCUGGAGGCGGCGCUGUCGCUGGGCGUCGCCGCCGAGAACGGCAACGCGAGGUCGGGCGCCACCUUCUCCGACUUCGAGCUCCGCCUCGUGUUCCACCGCGUGGUCAUCGCCAUCCUUCGCGCCGACCCGUUCGACGUCCCGCCCAAGGGGUCGCUGCCGCUGGGCUACGUGGUGCGCUCGUCGGGGAUCCCGCUGGACAGCUCCGGCAUGGCCGCCAUGGAGGCGGCGCUCGCCGACGGCGUCGUGCCGUUCACCGUGUCCGGCCAGGCGAGCACGCGGUGGAAGGUGGGUGGCCUCGUCCCGUUCAAGUACUGGACGCGCCUACGCUGCGACCUCCGAUUCUUCUGGCCCAAUGGCACCGCCGUCGACCUCAGCUGCAGCUCCAAGCCCAAAUCCAAGAGCAGCUAG